AUGGAUCGGUCCAGAUUGGUUAUUAAUAUCGAAUUUGGGGCGAGUAAAACAGUCGUCGGCUAUCAUGUCACCACAAAUAGGCGGAAUGGGCUUCCUACGUUCCUACGACUACACGAUACCCAUAUCAUUCCAACGGCGAUCGCGUACCCCCAACGUGGCUUGUCAUACUAUAUUGGUCUAGAUGCCCAACGCCAAAAGAACUGCAUUUAUUGGAUAAAACACAUAUUCGACGAGGCUCGCAUAUUGCGAGACUCUGAAGACGAACUUAUCAAGGAGCUCGUCGAGUCGACAUGGACGCACCUACCUCCCAGGCAACGGGAGGAUCCAUCCCUUGUCGUGUCUGACUUCCUGGGAAAGAUAUUAGGACAUCUCCAGAGUGCCUUGAAAAAUGACCCCACACUCGACGGAAUGCCAAAAGUCUUCAUAUUUACCACGCCAUCUACUUGGUCAAGUUCUGCGCAUAUGAAGAUGGAACAGGCUGUAUACUCAGCAGGGUUUGCAAGCCCUCAAGACGCAAGCGUCUCUUUUACUUCAGAGGCCGAGGCGGUCGCCGUAUACGCCGCCAGUGAAGAAGGAUUCAACAUGGGGCAGCUUUGUGAAGUGAUGGAGUUGUGGUGGUCGAUUGUGGUGCCAGCACCGUCAUUGACAGCAUUCACAAGUAGCGCCUUUGGGGCUGUUCAGCUCCAGUCUCUGAUAUAUGAAGCGUUGCAGCAAAGCCGGAGGUCUGGUCCGAUGACGAGAAGCAAGGUCAAGCUAGCUCCGUUUGCCCCAUGGGCCCGGCAAAAGUUUCCAUAUGGUCCUGUAUCAAUGCCCACUGAUACCGGGCUUCCGGAUGAUGGUUUGCGGCUGAUCUACGAUAGUGUUGCCAUCAAGAUCAUUAGCCAUAUUCGGCGUGAAAUUGCUUGCGCUAACAUCUGCGCUGGACGCAAAGUUAUUAAGAGACUGCUUUUAGUGGGAGGUCUGAGUGGCUCGGCCGAGAUCUCAAACGCCAUUCAGUACGCAUGUACAAACGAUUUCGAGAUCGAAUUUCACCAGCCACAAUACGAUUUUCGGAAAAUAGCCGUUUGUAUUGGUGGCACACUGCGCGGCCUCAGGGGACCGCAGCUGUCCUUCAAAUUUUGGAGAUAUUAUUAUCUGGUCUACGCGGACCGGCAGACCACCAUGAUCGUCAGCAAGGGAAGCCCCUAUGACAACGAGUACACCAAUCGAAUCGAGAUAACACUGCCCCGAAGCACUGACGGGGCCCAUACCAUUUUGGUUGUGGAGAGUGCGCAGCAGGUAGACCUGCUCGAAUCGGUCGAAGACCAAAACAAGGUUGUUGGCAGAAUUAACUGCGACUUGUCACAAGUGCCGGGAAACUGGCAACUUCUGAACGUCUUGGUCAAAUACCGAGCCACAGUGAGAUCUGAAGGACAACAUCUUCCUCCCGAGCGCUUGCUCCAUCUGGCUGUGCACGAGUCGGAAAGUGAAGAAAAACAGCUAAUAGGCCACACGCGAGUCCUCAUGCAGAGUGGGUUGUGA